CGAGAGAGAAGAGAACACAAGUAGCAAAGGCCACGUGUCAAAAGCUCACGAGCUCCUCUCCAAAUUCACAGAAAUCCCCGUUUCCCUUCCAAGUUGUAACACUGGAUAAGCCUCUCUUCCUCUCCCUUCAAUUCCAACCCAGAAACCAAUGCAAAACCUCAGAUUCUUACUAUGAUUUAACCCCAAAACUCCCCAAUUUCCAAAACCCAAACUUUCCCAAAAAUCUCCCUUCCUUUUUGUAUAUUCAUUUAUAGGCAAUAAUACAUAUACAGAUAGUUUCAAAAACCAAUGGCGGCAGUUAGUUCCCUGUCUUUCAUGGCAAUUGGUCAAACUUUCGGCAACAGAAAAGUCAAUGUCUUAUCGGCUUGUUUCCUGCCUUACAAUUUCGAAGGAUUCCGUUUCCGCACAAGCCUUUUAUAUCAGUCCAUUGGAGUUGGAGUUUCCACUACUGCUUCUGCUUCCAUUGUUCGCUGUAUGUCUAUUGCAACUGAUGUCCCAACUGUAUCUGAAACAAAGUCGAAUUUUUUAAAAGAAUAUAAACAGCCCAUCCCAAGUGUGUACAACACGGUUUUGCAGGAGCUGAUUGUGCAGCAACAUUUGAUGAGGUACAAGAGGACGUAUCGUUAUGAUGCCGUCUUCGCGCUUGGUUUUGUUACCGUAUAUGAUCAAUUGAUGGAAGGAUUUCCGAGUGAUGAGGACCGGGAUACCAUUUUCCAAGCUUAUAUCAAAGCAUUAAAAGAGGACCCUGAACAGUACAGAACAGAUGCACUGAAGUUAGAAGAGUGGGCCUGCUCUCAAACUUCCAGUUCACUAGUUGAGUUUCCAUCAAGAGAUGGAGAAGUUGAAGCAAUACUGAAAGACAUUGCAGAAAGAGCUGGGGGCAAGGGGAGCUUCAGCUAUAGCCGUUUCUUUGCUGUUGGGUUGUUUCGUCUUCUUGAGCUAGCCAAUGCUACUGAACCUACAGUGUUAGAAAAGCUCUGUGCAGCCUUAAAUAUCAACAAACGAAGUGUGGAUCGGAAUCUUGAUGUGUAUAGAAAUCUGCUUUCCAAGCUGGUUCAAGCAAAAGAGUUGCUUAAGGAGUAUGUUGAUAGGGAGAAGAAGAAAAGAGAAGAAAGAUCAGAAACGCAGAAGGCCAAUGAGGUUGUAAAAAAUUGUCUGGGCGAAUACCAAUACGUGAUCCAAUAAUUCGAUCUUUUGACUCCCAGUUUGCUUGUCAUCUUUUCUGAGACUUCAAUCCCCUUUUUGUUUUCUCUGAGGUAGAAACAGUGUCAUCCAUGGUUUAGGCACAAUUUAUCAGCUUGUUUGCUGUUUUCAGUUUGGUGGUUAAGAUACAUACUAUAUUUGUAUUUUUCCAAUAGUCUUACUCAUCCAAAUGUAUUUUUUGUUCAUUGUCCAUCAACUACUUAUGGCAUCAUAAAAUUUGUCUCUCAUUCAAUUAACAUUCAUUCACAAGUUUCAACUGUAGCAGUGUUAGUCUGGCAGUUGUUUAAAACAUACAUGGUAGUUUCAAUAUGAACUCAUGAAGAUUAA